AUGACACUAAAGGAAAUAUAUAGCUCCUGCCUGGGGUGUUGUCAGCGACAGAACGAUACCAUCCAGUUCGACAUGUACGAGGAGGAGGAGGAGGCCCAGGCCCUGCUGUCUCAGGAGGGGGCUGAACCGGCCAAUGAGUUUGGAGAGUAUGUUGCGGCCGCCAACCCGGGAGAAUUCGGCAUUGAACACUCCAUAGGGGACACAAACGUGAGGCAAUGGCUUUCGGGUCUGGCUGUUCAGGCUAGCACGGGAUGGUCCGGAUGGUCAGGCUGGUCCUGGGGGUUAUUCGGCGGCAGGGGUCAUAGACUGCCUGAACCAGAGGACCAGAGGCCCAUGAACUACGCCGAUAGAAGCGAAAGCUCGGGCUCUCUACGGUCUAGGAACGACCUACUUGGAUUCGAGGACCAAGCACCUAGUGCCAUUAUGGAUGCCGAACAACUAUCCGAUGGGUUUGCGCGCGAACUGAUUUUUGGCACAAGUACCAUUUCAGGGAACAGUGAGAGAACGGCCCCUAGAUCCAACAGCAUCGUGAGUGGUCAAAGUGGAGACAGCACUGAGACAAAACAUACCAACUAA